ACUACUUCUUCUUCUGCUACUUCUUAUACAUCUACUACUUCUACUUCUGCUAAUACUCUUCAUCUACUACUUCUACUUCUCUACGUAUACUUCUACAUCUACGUAUACUUCUUCAUCUACUACUUCUACUUCUACAUCUACAUCUACGUAUACUUCUACAUCUACUCAUCUACUACUUCUACUUCUACAUCUACGUAUACUUCUACAUCUACUACUUCUAAUUCUAAUGCUUCUACUACCAUUAUUACUACUACUGCUACUGUUACAUCUACUUCAGCUUCAACAUCAACAAUACUACAAUCACCAAUGAUCAACCAACCCUAG